CAUGGCUGCAGCCCCGGCAGAGCAGCAGAACCAAGCAGGCAAGGCAGGCAGGCAAAGCAGGCGCCGGGCGCUGGAUCUUCCGCCCGCCUCGGGGGGGUCUCUGCUGGCGAAGCGGCGCGGCGCUCCCCGAAGUCGCUGUCAGCUGCUUACAUGGUCCGGCCAGCAGGACAUCGCCGGGUCAGAGACGCCUUCCGGCCGAUCAAAAAAAAAAAAAAAAAAAAAUUCUCCCUUCUCUGGCGGAGCUUUUCCUGGGCCGGCCGGGGCGGCUCUUCUGCCCGCAGCACGAGCAGCUGCGCUGGGAGAAGGCAGAGCCCGCUCCGGUCCAAUCAGUGCAGCCCGCCCUGGGCCCCCCACCCAGGUUUUUUUUUCCCUGCCGGGCCACGCCCCCCGUCCCUCCUUUGGGGCUGAAAGGGACCACCCACCUCUGCGAAAGUUCGCCCGGGGAAGCGCGUGGCUGUUUCUCUGCCCACCUUUCUCGUGUAAAGUUUCCUACGGUAUUACCGCGUCAGAAGCAGGGCUAAAAGCAAAGCAGUUUAUCUUCAGAAGCUUUGUGCAACAACCAGCAAAGCUGCUGAUGUCUCCUGAAAAUUUGCAGAACAGACAUCGUAUAAAUCAGUGAUGGUGAACCUUUUAGAGACUGAGUGCCCAAACUGCAACCCAAAACCCACU